AUCCCCCUGAUCUGCAACCAGGAGGACUGGACCCACACCAUAAAGGCUCUGAAGGCAACAGCGCAAUCCUCAAUAAUGCUACCGAAACAACACUGAGAACCACCGAAAAGCCCCUCUUCACCCCUGUAUAUCAGAGAAUGACUUGCAACACACCAGCCACCAAUACCAACAAUGGAUUCAUCUCUCUCGCUCUCUCUCUCGAUUCCUCAUCAGUGAAUCACAAUAAAGUGCCUGAUAUGCA